AUGCUUCUUCUCACAGGGAUAGCGAUAGAAAGGAGCAGAAUAGAUAAGGAACACCAACAAAAGUAUAAUGAAAGGAGCAGAAUAGAUAAGGAACACCAACAAAAAGACUAUGAAAGAAGCAGAACAGAUAAGGGACACAAGCAAAAGUAUAAUGAAAGGAGCAAAAUAGAUAAGGAACACCAACAAAAGUAUCAUGCAAGGAGCAGAAUAGAUAAGGAACACCAACAAAAAUGUAAUGAAAGGAGCAGAAUAGAUAAGGAACACAAACAAAAGUAUAAUGAAAGGAGCAGAAUAGAUAAGGAACACCAACAAAAAUAUAAUGAAAGGAGCAGAAUAGAUAAGGAACACCAACAAAAAGACUAUGAAAGGUGCAGAACAGAUAAGGAACACCAACAAAAAUAUAAUGAAAGGAGCAGAACAGAUAAGGAACACCAACAAAAAUAUAAUGAAAGGAGCAGAACAGAUAAGAAACACCAACAAAAAUAUAAUGAAAGGAGCAGAAUAGAUAAGGAACAUCAACAAAAGUAUAACGAAAGGAGCAGAAUAGAUAAGGAACACCAACAAAAAUAUAAUGAAAGGAGCAGAAUAGAUAAGGAACACCAACAAAAAUAUAAUGAAAGGAGCAGAACAGAUAAGGAACAUCAACAAAAAUAUAAUGAAAGGAGCAGAACAGAUAAGGAACAUCAACAAAAAUAUUAUGAAAGGAGCAGAACAGAUAAGGAACACCAACAAAAGUAUAAUGAAAGGAGCAGAAUAGAUAAGGAACACCAACAAAAGUAUCAUGGAAGGUGCAGAAUAGAUAAGGAACACCAACAAAAAUAUAAUGAAAGGAGCAGAACAGAUAAGGAACAUCAACAAAAAUAUUAUGAAAGGAGCAGAACAGAUAAGGAACACAAGCAAAAGUAUAAUGAAAGGAGCAGAAUAGAUAAGGAACACGAACAAAAGUAUAAUGAAAGGAGCAGAAUAGAUAAGGAACACCAACAAAAGUAUCAUGAAAGGAGCAGAAUAGAUAAGGAACAUCAACAAAAGUAUAAUGAAAGCAGAACAGAUAAGGAACACAAACAAAAGUAUAAUGAAAGGAGCAAAAUAGAUAAGGAACACCAACAAAAGUAUAAUGAAAGGAGCAUGAUAGAUAAGGAACACCAACAAAAGUAUCAUGAAAGGAGCAGAAUAGAUAAGGAACACCAACAAAAAAGUAAUGAAAGGAGCAGAACAGAUAAAGAACAACAACAAUAA